AUGGGCCACUGUCGCGAGACCCUCACCGUCACUGGAGACGCUGUUACGGUUGCAGUUGAUGUCGUGGUUAUCACCACCGAAGAAAUCCAGCCCAUUUCAAACAAAACCACGUGGGUAGUCAGUACUGUUACCGCCAGUGCCAUCGAGCAGUGUUUCCUUGAGAAGUAUAGUAUGCUCGCACGGGGUUCGGGAAGCCAGGGAGGCCCAGCUCAGGCGAUACCUGUCUCCUCAUCUGACAAUGUCAGCCCAGCUGCAUCUGUACCUGCAGCAUCAGAUGAAAGUCGCCCAGUCGAUGAUCCUGCUCAGGGACGUUUAGGCUCGGAUGACGAUCUACCUCUAGUAGUCGGGUCAGAUGGAGAUAGUAUGGAGUAA